AUGGCGCAGAGUGCCGAGGCCAGGCGGGCUCUGCGCUUCGACCAGGCUGUGGUCUUCAUUGAAGACGCGAUCCAGUAUCGCUCCAUUCACCACCGCGUGGACGCCAGCUCUUUGCGGCUGUACCGAUGGUACUACUCGGACGUGUGCCAAUGGAUUUUGAGCUUGACCAUUUUCUUGAUCCUGUCUUUGGCUUUCAUUGAGACCCCUUCCUCGCUCACCAGCACCUCGGACGUCCGCUACCGCUCGGCCCCCUGGGAUCCGCCCUGCGGCCUGACGGAGGGCGUCGAGGUGCUCUGUCUGCUGGUCUUCGUGGCUGACGUCACCGUGAAGAGCUACCUGGUCGGGUGGGCUGAGUUCUGGAAGAAUCUGUGGCUGCUGGCCUACCUCCUGGUGCUGGUCGUGUCUCUCCUGGACUGGCUUGUGUCACUGAGUCUCCUCUGUCAGGAGCCCCUGCGGAUACGCCGGCUCCUGCGCCCCUUCUUCCUGAUGCAGAACUCCUCCAUGAUGAAGAAGACGCUGAAGUGCGUCAGGCGGUCGCUGCCCGAGAUGGCCAGUGUCCUGCUGCUGCUGGCACUCCACCUGUGUGUCUUCACCAUGUUCGGCAUGCUGCUCUUCACCAGAGAGAAGGACGAUGGGCAGGACAGGGAGAGGCUGACCUACUUCCGCAACCUGCCCCAGGCUCUGACAUCCCUCCUGGUGCUGCUGACCACGGCCAACAACCCUGACGUGAUGAUUCCUGCGUAUUCCAAGAACCGGGCCUAUGCCAUCUUCUUCGUAGUCUUCACGCUGAUAGGAAGCUUGUUUCUGAUGAACCUGUUGACGGCCAUCAUCUACAACCAGUUCCGGGGCUACCUCAUGAAGUCUCUCCAGACCUCACUGCUCCGGAGGCGGCUGGGGACCCGGGCUGCCUACGAGGUCCUCUCCUCCCUGACAGCAGAGGAAGAAGCCCACCCUCAGAGAGUCGGGGUGAAGCCCCAGGACUUCCUGCAGGUGCUUCAGAAAGUCCAGCUGGACAGUAGCCACAAGCAGGCCAUCGUGGAGGAGGUGCGUUCCUACGGCGACGAUGUGCUGUCAGCCGACGAGUUCCAGAAGUUCUUCCACGAGUUUGACAGACGGGUGAUUAAAGAGCCCCCCCCGCAGCCCGAGUACCGGUCUCCGUUUCUGCGGAGCGCCCAGUUCUUCUUCGGCCACCGCUACUUCGACUACCUGGGCAACCUCGUCGCCCUCGGAAACCUCGUGUCCAUUUGUGUGUUCCUGGUGAAAGAUGCAGACGUGCUGCCCGCUGACCGUGACGACUUCGUCCUGGGGAUUCUGAACUGCGUCUUCAUCCUGUACUACCUGCUGGAGAUGCUGCUCAAGGUGUUUGCUCUGGGCCUGUGGGGCUACCUCUUCUUCCCCAGCAACGUGUUCGACGGGCUCCUCACCGUCGUCCUGCUGGUUUUGGAGAUCUCAACUCUGGCUGUGUACCGAUUCCCACACCCAGGCUGGAGGCCGGAGACGCUGGGCCUACUGUCGCUGUGGGACAUGGCGCGGCUGGUGAACAUGCUCAUCGUGUUCCGCUUCCUGCGCGUCAUCCCCAGCAUGAAGCUGAUGGCUGUGGUGGCCAGUACCAUCCUGGACCUGAUUAAGAACAUGCGGGCCUUCGGCGGGAUCCUGGUGGUGGUGUACUAUGUCUUCGCCAUCAUCGGCAUCAGCCUGUUCCGAGGCGUCGUCGUGGCUCCUGGAAACAGCAGCCUGGCCCCAGCCAACAGCUCAGCGCCCUGCGGGAGCUUUGAGCAGCUGGAGUACUGGGCCAACAACUUCGACGACUUUGCGGCCGCCCUGAUCACUCUGUGGAACGUGAUGGUGGUGAACAACUGGCAGGUGUUCCUGGACGCCUAUCGGCGCUACGCGGGCCCGUGGUCCAAGGUCUACUUCGUGUUGUGGUGGCUGGUGUCGAGUGUCAUCUGGGUCAGCCUGUUUCUGGCUCUGAUUCUGGAGAACUUCCUCCACAAGUGGGACCGCCGCAGUCACCUGCAGUCCCUCGCCGGGGCCCCAGAGGUCCCCUAUCAGAUGACCGUGGAGCUCUUGUUCAGGGAUGACCUGGAGGAGCCGACGGAGGAGGAGCUGGUGGAGAAGCUGCGCCACCACCCGCACCUGCGACUGGGCAGGUGACGUCCAGGCCCCUUCCCAGCUGGGGCGCCGGCCGGGGACUCGGUCUCGGG